AUGUUCCAUUGCUAUCUAAAAGGGGAAAGGGUAGAUGAGGUUUCCGGUGCUUCUAUCAAACACUUGAAGCAAGUUACUAAACUGAUCCUAUUGUUGAAUUUUCUCAUCUGCUGUACUUGCUACUCAAUGUACGUAAAGUCCAGCCGGGAUGAAGAAAAGGAGAAGACAAGGGCCGAACUUGGACAAGUAAUUUUUUAUUUUGAUGAUGAGGAAGAGAUGACAGAUGAUGAGGACAAGAUGCCAUUUGAUGAGGAGAAGAGGGCAAAGGACAAGAUGUGGUGGUUUGCAAAAGGGUUGUUUUCAAGUAAAAAGAAGAGAGAGAUGUUUUGUAAAUUGAAAGAUCCUGAAGCCAAGCGCGAAUGGAUUAAGAGUGAAAUGGCUAAGGAAUGA